GGCGCCGCCCGCAAACCUGCCGUAAUGUGGUUUCGGAACGAUCUCCGGUUGCACGACAAUCCUGUCUUAGAUCGUGCCUGCCGCGAGGGCACCUCCGUACUACCCGUGUACGUGCUUGACCCACGUGACUACGGAAAGGGACCCAAUGGCUUCGGUCGCACGGGGCCCACCCGCGCCCAGUUCAUCAUGGAUGCCGUACAGGACCUCCGCUCCCGCCUUCGGGCAGCCGGUAGUGACCUCAUUGUACGGAUGGGGCACCCCGAGGAGGUGGUUCCGGAGCUAGCCCGUGUG